ACCCUUUACUUGUUUGGUGUUGUUGUGUGCGCGAGCGAGUCUAUCUAGGAUAUUUGACAAGAGUAACACUCUUCCAUGAAUUUUGUUUGCCGCCCUCAAUUUUCCUUACAGAUCUCUCUUUCUGCUUCGGAGGAAACCCUAGAAAUUUGAUUUCUUUGGGGUUCUCCUCCAUUUCUUGUUUAAUUUUAAAAUUCAGAUGGUUUAUUUCUUCUAGAGGUAGUUUUUAUAUAUUAGGGUUUUCCUGAUUUAUUAAUUAGAGAUAUGGAAGGAUUUGAUGGUGGGAGUGGUGUUCAACAAACUCCCAAUCUUAAUAAUUUUAAUGAAUUCACAGCGAGUUCUUCAGGAAACACGCUCUUUGAUGCAUCGCAAUACGCAUUCUUUGGCAAGGAUGUGCUAGAAGAAAUUGAGUUGGGGGGUUUAGACGAUGAAGAUGGUGAGGCGCCGUUAGUAGGUUUUGAUGAUGCCGAGUAUCAGGUUCCCAACAGAGAAGAGGGUGAAGGUUUAGGAUCUUUGUCGGACAUUGAUGACCUUACAAGUACUUUUUCAAAGUUGAACAGAACCGUCAGCGAGCCAGCGAGACCAGGAGUGAUUGGUGAUAGGGGAGGUUCUUUUUCUCGAGAAAGUUCUUCUGCUGCAGAAUGGGCACAAGAGGGUGAUUUGUGGUUUGAUCAGAACGUCUACGACUCUGAUGGUGGUCAAGAUAGUAAGAGAUGGUCGUCACAGCCUUCUGCUCAUCAUCCUGAUUCAAAACCACUGUAUAGAACUUCUUCAUAUCCUCAACAGCUACAACAACCUCCACACUUCUCCAGUGAGCCUGUUUUAGUACCAAAAUCCUCGUUCACUUCAUACCCUCCACCAGGUGGUCGGUCUCAACAGGGUUCACCAAAUCACCAUUCUCGCCACCUUAAUAUUCAAUCUCUAGGUGGAUCACAGAUGCCUUUCUCGGCCCCCAACAUUUCUCCUUUCUCUAAUCCUCAGCAUCAUUUGGCUGGGUUAUCUCAUGGAUUACAUUAUGGUGGAAAUAUGCCUCAGUUCCCUCCACCAGGACUCCCUACUGGUAGGUCGCAGAACAACUGGGGGGUUAACCAGGCUAAUCUAUUUUCUGGGGAUCAUUCAAGUAUCUUGAACAAUAUGUUACAGCAGUUACCUCAUCCGAACGGUGCUCUAAUGCCUCAACAGCUAAUGGCGCAACAACAACAGAGACUUCACCAUCCAGUCCAACCGUCUUUGGCUCAUUUUCAGGCUUUGCAAUCUCAGUUAUUCAACACGCAUCCUUCAUCAUCCCCUCAUGUAAUGAGCAAGUACGAACAAAUGCUUGGGAUGACUGAUAUGAGAGAUCAAAGGCCAAAAUCAUCACAAAGAGGUAGGCAGAACCUGCGGUUUUCUCAGCAGGCCUCUGAUAACAGUGCCCAGAAAAGUGAUAAUGGGUGGCCACAGUUCAGAUCCAAGUACAUGACUGCUGAUGAGAUUGAAAGUAUUCUGAGGAUGCAGCAUGCGGCUACCCAUAGUAAUGAUCCUUAUGUAGAUGAUUACUAUCAUCAGGCUUGCUUGUCAAAAAAAACUGCUGGGUCGAGGUUGAAACAUCAUUUUUGUCCUACUCACCUGAGGGACCUGCCAUCUCGGUCACGUUCAAAUACUGAGCCACAUGCAUUCCUUCAGGUAGAUGCUCUUGGAAGAGUCCCUUUCUCAUCCAUAAGAAGGCCGCGCCCACUUCUUGAAGUUGACCCUCCGUCAGCUUCUGGGGAUGAUCAGAAAAUUUCCGAGAAGCCACUUGAACAAGAGCCAAUGCUUGCAGCCAGAAUAGCAAUCGAGGAUGGCCUGUGUCUACUUCUCGAUGUGGAUGACAUUGACAGGUUUCUGCAGUUCAGUCAACCACAAGAAGGUGGGACACAGCUGAGGCGCAGGCGUCAGGUUCUGUUAGAAGGUCUUGCAGCCUCACUUCAGUUGGUUGACCCGCUUGGGAAGGGUGUGGGCCAGACAGUUGGUCUCUCCCCUAAGGACGACAUUGUAUUUAUGCGCUUAGUCUCUCUGCCAAAAGGUCGAAAGCUCCUCUCGAAGUACCUUCAGCUUCUUUUUCCUGGAAGUGAGCUUACACGAAUAGUAUGUAUGGCCAUUUUUCGUCAUCUGAGGUUUUUAUUUGGUGGAUUACCAUCUGAUUCUGGAGCAUCUGAGACUACAAGUAAUCUUGCAAGAGUUGUUUCAACGUGCGUGUUUGGCAUGGAUCUUGGAUCUCUUAGUGCUUGUCUCGCUGCGGUUGUUUGUUCCUCGGAGCAGCCUCCACUACGCCCAAUUGGAAGCUCUGCCGGAGAUGGGGCGACUGUAAUCUUAAAAUCAAUUCUUGAGAGGGCCACUGACCUGCUAACUGAUCCCCACGCCUCAAGCAACUACAGUAUGCCUAAUCGGGCUCUAUGGCAGGCAUCCUUCGAUGAAUUCUUUGGCCUUCUCACAAAGUACUGUAUGAGUAAGUAUGACAGCAUUAUGCAGUCACUGUUAUUGCAGGCCCAUCCCAACACAGGAGUUAUAGGGUCUGAAGCAGCAAGAUCUAUAAGUAGGGAGAUGCCAGUGGAACUGCUACGUGCAAGUCUUCCUCACACAAAUGAACAGCAGCGGAAGGUUUUGUUGGAUUUUGCACAGCGUUCCAUGCCUGUUACUGGAUUUAACAACCAUGGUGGUAGUGGUGGUGGGCACAUAAAUUCUGAAUCAGUGGUGGGUUAAUGCAUAAUAGAACCCAGGCAAUGAAAAAAGUAACUUGAACGAGAUCACUUUUUACAAUCAUCAGUAGCAUCUUUUAAUUGCCUCCAGGUCUUGUUCAUCAAGAAAAUUGAAUGUGGGGGAGCUUGGGAUCGAAAGGCAUCCAGCGUGUAAGCUGCAACCUGCUUUGGGAGACACUUUUUCUGCUCCAAAGGUUUACUUAAUUCUCGUUUUUCUCUGUUCUUUUUCUUUUCCUUCUUUAGGUUAAUAUUUUGUGUUUUGAUCCUCUUGUUCGAUGGAAAUGUCUGUAAUGCUUAUGGUAGUAUGUUGAGAAAAUGUUUCUAGAAAUGGUCCAUUACUACAAAGUCUCUUCCAGGGGGGGUACUUUUAAGUUGGUUUCUGAUUAUAUGAUGGAAACAACUCCCCUUAGUAUAGGUGGUAGGGGUAGUAGGAUGUGUACAGUUUCUGUUACCAGCAAGGCCCGCUUCCAUUAUGUCCUUUUUGAUUCUCGGCCUUCUUUUGACUUAUUUAUAUCAAGGAGGUGAGGAAAGUGGGAUUUUGUGUCUGUAAAUUUGGGGUUGAAAUAUGGAAGAGUACAACUACUGACUGAUCUUUGGUUUGAGACGUGGGAUGCGUCGAGUUGGGAGCAAAGCCAUCCAUCAUGUUCUUUUAAACUCUUUGAAACACUUUUGUGAUAAAAAGUAGGGAUCAUUUGGGGGUAGAGUUAGUGACUCGGGCCUCUUGUUAAACAGGAAGAAAACGGCUCUUUUAAGUAAAUGCUCGUUAUCAAAGACUGCAUACAUUACAAUGCUGGACGAUGUUAUUUUAUUGUCAUCAUUGUUGGCAUUUUGUUUUAUGUAAUUUAGUUUGCUGCUAUUGUUCUUUUGCUUGUCUUCUGAUUUAGUACUAUGGUUUAUAGCUAUAUGUGAAUAUUGACCUGCUCAUGCAUGGUGAUUGAAUUCUAUAUUCUUCAUAAGAAUCGGAUUUAAUUUUUUUGA